CAACUUGUUGAUUACGCCCUUUGCAAUUUGGUAACUUAGUAUAAUGCGUGCUCAUUGCAUUGGUGCUGUCUGCAUCUUCUUGCAUCUUUUUAGUGAUACGCUUGGAAAAAAAAUCAUCCCUAUGGAGAACUUCGAUCCAGAGAAGAUACAGGGUACCUGGUUCGUUAUUCGUCGAAAUACGAAAUUGUUCGAUUCGAUCAAAUGCAUCAAGUAUAACCUUAAGCAUGAUCCCAACAUUGACGAUAUCUACUCGAUGACGUCUUAUUGGAUUAAUUCUGCCGGUGAAUACGUAGAGACGCAAUUUAAUAUCGUCGAUGAUCGUGCAUUGAAAUCUCGGUUCUUCUUCGAAUCGACACAGGAGAAAAUUGCGGUGAAUGUCCUUGGCACCGAUUAUACCAACUGGAUGGUCGGAUUUGGGGUUAACGGCCCUAAAGAAACAUAUUAUGUUUCGACCCGUACCAAGAGCCUACCCCCAGAUUCACAAGAUGCCAUUAAUGAGAUUCUAAAGAAGAAUGAGGUUGAGCAAGACUGGGCGGACGUAGAACAGGUUGCCUGCCCGGAUACACACUAACGAUGGGUACCUAAAAGCUAUUAAGUGCUGUCCGCGAAACGCAAGAAAUAAUGACUAGUCUGCUUUACUCGAUUAGGGUUCAUAUGUACUAUUUACCUAAAUUAUGCAUACAACUUUCUUGUAACCUAUGUAUGUAUAAGUAUGAAUAAAAAUAUUUUUUUCAUAGCAUUAUCCCGCAUACGUUAUAUGUAUUUAUAAAAUGCACAUAACAUAUGCAGA